UAAACGGCGACCCACAUGGCCUCUCCCCAUAGGCUCCCCGGCCGCUUCCCCCAAUCCGAACAUGCCAAUGCCAUCAUCCCCCGCGCCACCCAUCUCCACGGUUUCCUCAUCCCACGGUGCCCGUGCCCACCACCUGUUCGACCACCUGACACGCCCGCCAUGCCUCCCGCCCUCACCUCGAACCCGCCUUCCUUCCGCCCCCUCUCCACGCCUCUCACCCGCCGCCGCGCCGCGGCAACCUUCCUCUGCCGCGUCGGCGCUGGCAGGCCGUCCAAGGACACCGGCGCGGAUGACGAGCCCAAGAAGAGGCCCUUCUUCGCCGAUUUCGGCAAGCUCUCGGACGGCAAGUCACUGAUACCGGCCUUCCCGCCGGCGGCGGCCGGGUCUCUGUUCGCUGGUGGGAGGGGGAGGAAGGACCCGCAGACGGUGUUCGUCGCGGGCGCCACAGGGCAGGUGGGUGUCCGCGUCGCACAGACGCUCCUGCGGCAGGGGUUCGCGGUGCGCGCGGGGGUGCCGGACCUCGCGUCCGCUCAGGAGCUGGCCCGGCUCGCCGCGGCGUACCGGCUCAUCUCCCCUACCGAGGCACGCCGACUCAAUGCGGUGAAGUCGGGUUUCGACGACCCCGAGGCGAUCGCCAAGUCCAUCGGCCCGGCGACCAAGGUGGUGGUUACAGUCAGCGCAGCUGAGAAAGGACCUGACGGCGGUGUGAUCACCACCGACGAGGCGCUCCGGGUUGUGCAGGCCGCUGACCUUGCCGGUGUGGUACACGUUAUUGUGGUGUAUGACCAGGGGGCUGGUGGCACCAGCGGCGAGUCCACAUACAAUGUGCUCGACGGGUUCACGUCCUUCUUCUCGAACCUGUUCUCCCGUGUGCAGUCACUGCCCCUAAACGAGUUCUUGGGCAAGGUGGUGGAGACCGACGUCAGGUACACUCUCAUCAAGACGUCACUCACGGAUGACUACAGUCCUGAGAGUUCCUAUGGCUUGGUGCUGGCCAAGGAGGGUGCGUCCAGCACGACUUCCUCGACAGAAACCGGCAAGGUGUCCAAGUUGCAGAUUGCUGGUCUUGUGGCAGAUGUCUUCUCGAAUGUAGCAGUUGCGGAGAACAAGGUUGUCCAAGUUUCAACUAGCUCGUCAGUAACAUCCAAGCCCAUAGAGGAGGCUUUCUCAGCUAUCCCUGAAGACAGUAGAAGGAAGGAGUACCAAGAAGCUGUUGCAAAGGCACAGGCAGCAGAAGAGGAGGCUCGGGUUUCGCAGCGAGCUAACGAGGCAGAAGAGGAUACCAGUAAGGUCAAAGCCGAGGGGAAGAAGACGUCCUCUGAUGAGGCAGCUGCAAGUGCGGCGCGUGAGGCACAAGCUUCUCUGGAGAACCUUCUGAGCAGAGCCAAAGGGUUCAGCACGGAUUUCUCCUGGGAGAAGCUCAGCACACAACUUGCAGGAGCGGCCACGGGGGACUCAGACGAGGAGGAACCAAAAGCGCAGAUCGCCACCGUGAGAGGUCAGGCAAAAGCAAAGAAACUGGCACCACAGAGAGCUGUUGUUAAGCCCGCGGCGCAGAAGACGAGACCACCAACACCAAAGCAGCCGGAAACCAAGCCGGAGGUGAGGCCCGUCUUUGGGGGACUCUUCAAGCAAGAAACAAUCUUUGUGGACGAGGACUGAGCUAUGCAGGCAUUUUCUUUCUCUUUUGGUUAUCCUUGUGAAGCUCUUGAUGUAUUCUUGGAAGGUGCAUGAGUGACAGUUGUAUAAAAUUGGCCGCGAUAGCCGAGUAUCACUCUCUGCCCUGUGAGAGCAAGUUCAAUAGUAUAGCCAACCAUUGGCUCUAAUUUA